AUGGCUGCUCGGAUUCCAGCUCUUGUCUCAAAACACAUCAGCGAGGCGGCGAAGCAAAAGAUUGACGUCGUUGCCAAGUUUGUCGAGGAAGAAUGCAUCCCCGCCGACCCCGUUCUAGAGGCCCAGGUGGGCGAAGGCGAUAACCGCUGGGAGAACCAUCCUUCCAUUAUCGAGGAGCUCAAGGACAAGGCGCGCAAGCUGGGCCUGUGGAACAUGUUCUUGCCCAAGGGCUUCUACGCCGAGUCCCCCGGCUGGACGAACCUCGAGUACGCCAUCAUGGCAGAGUGGCUGGGCCGCUCGCGCAGCGCCUCCGAGGCCUGCAACUGCGCCGCUCCCGACACGGGCAACAUGGAGGUCGUGGCCAAGUACGGCAACGCCCAGCAGAAGGAGGAGUGGCUCAAGCCGUUGAUGGAGGGCAAGAUCCGCUCGGCCUUUUUGAUGACUGAGCCCGAGAUUGCGUCUUCUGAUGCCACCAACAUCCAGCUGCAGAUCACCAAGGACGGCAACGACUACAUUCUGAACGGCUCCAAGUGGUGGUCCAGCGGCGCUGGCGACCCUCGAUGCAAGCUCUACGUCGUCAUGGGCAAGACCGAUGCCAACAACGCCGACCCUUACAAGCAGCAGUCCGUCAUCCUGGUCCCUGCCGGCCUUCCUGGAAUCACCAUCAAGAGAAUGCUCAAGGUCUACGGCUACGACGACGCCCCCCACGGCCACGGCCACAUCACCUUUAAGAACGUGCGCGUGCCGGCAAAGAACCUGGUUCUCGGCGAGGGCAGAGGGUUCGAGAUUAUCCAGGGCCGACUGGGACCUGGCCGUAUUCACCACGCUAUGCGCAGCAUCGGCGCUGCCGAGCAAGCUCUCGACUGGAUGCUCGUGCGCGUCAACGACGAGAAGAAGAAGCCCUUUGGCAAGCUCCUUCGCGAGCACGGCGUCAUCCUCGAGUGGAUCGCCAAGUCCCGCAUCGAAAUCGACGCCGCCCGCCUCAUCGUCCUCAACGCCGCCAUCAAGAUCGACGAGUCCGGCGCCAAGAAGGCUCUCAAGGAGAUUGCCGAGGCCAAGGUGCUCAUCCCCCAGACUGCCCUCAACGUCAUCGACCGAGCCGUCCAGGCAUACGGCGGCGCCGGUGUCUCCCAGGAGACUCCCCUGGCCAACAUGUGGGCUGGCAUCCGAACGCUGCGUCUGGCUGACGGCCCUGAUGAAGUGCACUUGCAGCAGAUGGGCCGCAACGAGAACAAGCGCGGCAAGGAGACGGCUGAGAAGCACCAGAGGCAGAAGGCCAAGACACAGGAGCUGCUGAAGAGAUAUGGCGUUGAGGUUGCUGAGCCUGGCACCAAGAUUAAGCACGAGGCCAAGUUGUAA